AAUGACGAACGGUAACGUUAUUCACCAUUGGCAUUCAUUCACCGGCGCAAGAAAUGUUCAGCGUCCGAAUCCACUCUCUCGACGACCCCGGCUCUGCGCCUAUUCGAUCUUCGUCCGAUCUCAUCGAUGACUGCGUCGGCGAUCCCCAAGAAGCCGUCGGUACCAGUUGGAGCUCUAAGCCAAACCCUAAGGUCCAGCUCCUCCGCGGCAUCGUUCAUCUCUACCGCACCCUCUCGCCACCACUUUCAACCUCUUCUUCCUCCUCCUCGACAACCCCCCAAGUUUCUUCCGAAUCCACCCUCCCGCCCGUACGCGGCACACUUAUCUUGAUUCUUGCCGUGCCAUGUCACGUCUCCCUGGAGGAUCUCUUUCAAUUUUGCGGCUCCAUUGAUCGAUCCUCCAUCAUCCAAGUCAUUAGGAACGAUGCAUUUGAAGAUAGGUACAGUGUGCUCGUGAAGUUUGAUGAUCAAAAUAGCACAGAUCAAUUUUAUCUUGAUGCUAAUGGAUGGCGUUUUUCUGCAGAGGGAGAGGUUUGCCACCUUCUGUUUAUAAAUUCCGUAGAGUUCACUGAUCACAUGAAGAUUGCAGGAACUCCACCAAGUGGAUCAACAGAGUUGCCUACAUGCCCUGUUUGUAUAGAGAGAUUAGACCAAGACAUCAGUGGAAUUAUUGCAACAACUUGUGACCACUCUUUUCAAUGCUCUUGCAUUUCAAAGUGGGUUAAUUCCUCAUGUUCAGUUUGUCAUUUUUGUCAGAAGCAUUCAGAUAAGCCAACAUGCUCAAUUUGUGGAACACCAGAAAACCUUUGGAUAUGUGUCAUCUGUGGUUUUGUUGGAUGUGGAAGAUACGAAGAAGGCCAUGGUAUUAGACACUGGAAAGAUACUCAACAUUGUUAUUCUCUUGAUAUGGAAACACAAAGAGUGUGGGAUUAUGUUGGUGAUAACUAUGUUCAUCGGCUAAAUCAAUCCAGAAGUGACAAUAAGCUUGCCAAACUGAAUUCCAAUAGUAGACUGUCAGGCAAAAAAUGCAUCCACUGUGGAUGCAGUGAUGAUGUUGGAAUUAGUGAAGCUAUAUUAAGCAGCAAAGUCCAAAUGAUUGUUGAUGAGUACGAACAUCUACUAGCUAGUCAACUUGAAAGCCAAAAGCAGUAUUAUGAAGCGAUAGUUCAAAAGGAAAAGGAAAACAAGAAGAAGUACAUUGCUGAUGCCAUUGAAAAGGCUGUAAGUUUAAAGCUGCAAGAUAUGCAACAUAAUAUUCAUGAUGUUACCAAGGAGAAGAAAGUGGCUGCUGAUAUUAAUGCAAAUCUCAUGAAGAAUCAGAAGCUUUGGCAAGAAAAGAUCAAGGAAAUUGAAGAAAGGGAGAGAAGAACUUUAAGAAUAAAGGAUGAAAAUAUCCGUGAUCUAGAAGAUCAGAUAAGGGAUUAUAUGGUUUUCAUUAAGGCCAAAGAGGCACUUAAAGUGGCUGAGGCAGAUGAUAUCCGAGGGGGUACGGUGCUGCCAGUUCCUCUGCUGCAGGCUUCUUCAGCCAAAACCAAACGAUCAUCAAAGAUAAAUAGGAGGCAAAAGUAAAAGUUCCCGAUGCGACCAGCAUAUUGCAUUCUCAUGUGGAAUCAAGUCACGGGAACGAUAUAAAGUUUUCCAUCAAAAAAAUCCUUUUUUUUUGUGUAUAAAUGUGCCUGGUUAGUCAGUGUAGUUCCAUGAAGAUCGUUCCAGAUUUUAGAUCAGAUGUGAAUGCAGUUGGAUAGUUCUGGAACAAGAUUGUUCACGACCAUCUGAAUUAUUCCCCCUGCUGUGAAGUUGGGUUGCACACUUAAAAAUGAAAUGUUCAUAAAACCUUACAUCGCCA